AGUUUAAAUGCUAUCAAAUCGAAAAUGAAAGUAGACCUUUCAUAUAAAUUAACCUACUGCGUUGUUUAGCCUUGAUGCAGUAUUUGUACAGUUUGAGGAGUGGUGAUUAAUCUGAGAAGUGGGAAAUAUAUUGGGGUUUUUUCUUACGUUUUCAUAAAACCGGAACAUGGAACAAGAAGAUUUUACGGAAAUGGAACCUCCCCCUAGUCCAAAGCCAAGCUUUGUGAGGAAUGUUAAUCUGGCCGCCAUGGAUGAAGACUAUCUCUAUCACUUAGCACUGGACACCAAACACAAUGACUUGAAAGAUAUGUUCAGGGAUGUCAAGUUUGUAUGUUUUGGAGGGUCACCUAGUCGUAUGAAGGCGUUUGCAUUUUAUAUGGUGAAACAGUUAAAGUAUAAGAUAACAGCUGGCCAGACUCUGGAGGACAUUUCCAAAGGAUCGGAUCGAUAUGUGUUGUACAAAGUGGGCCCUGUCCUAUCAGUUAGUCAUGGAAUGGGUAUCCCUUCCUUGUCCAUCUUGAUGCAUGAAAUCCUGAAGCUCCUGAAUCAUGCAGGAUGUGAUCCUGGAGAGGUCAUGUUCUUCAGGCUGGGAACCAGUGGAGGAUUAGGUCUGGAGCCUGGAACAGUGGUUAUAUCAGAGGCAGCUGUAGACGGCCUUCUACGCCCUUAUAUGGAAGUGGCAACCCUAGGAAUGGUAAUCCAGCACCCAGCAUUUCUCUGUCCAGAACUAAACAAGGAACUUCUUGAGGUGUCGAAAUCUGUUGGCUGUCAAUCAGUUCUAGGCAAAACUAUGUGUACAUAUGAUUUCUAUGAAGGACAGGCAAGGUUGGAUGGAGCGUUCUGUGAUUACACUGAGGAAGACAAGAGGAAUUUUCUUAAGCGAGCUCACGCAAGGGGAAUCGCAAACAUUGAAAUGGAGUCGCUCUGUUUUGCCGCAAUGUGUCACAGAGCUGGCGUCAAAAGUGCUGUUCUAUGUGUGACCUUGCUGGAUAGGUUACAGGGAGACCAGAUCUCGACCCCUCACGACGUAAUGGAGGAGUGGCAGUGCCGUCCACAGCGGAUAAUAGCUGAAUUCAUCAGGAAGAAGCUUGGCAUUACAGAUUAAUGAACAAAAUUUAGAAGUCCUCCUUACAUACAGAAGGGCAUCGGGUUAGGCCCCCAAAAGUGAGGAAGACAAUCUUAAACAUUUUGCUGACUCAACUUUUUCAAAAAAAGGUUUUAAGGUUUAGGUUUUUUUUAAUAAUGAAUUUUUGUAUUAUUCUGUCUACAUAUCAUCAAGCAUUUAUUAUGGGUUCUUUUUAAAGGGGUUUGUGUAAAUUAACUUCUCAAAAAAGCAAAAACAAGUAUCUCCACAUCUAAUAUUAUGCAUGUAGAUUGUAUGUAAAUUUUUGUUUUGGAAGUUUAUUGUUUUGUAGAUUUACAACUUUUAGUUUAUCAGGGGCACUGAUAUAGGGAACAAUUUUUGAACAGUAUUUUUCUUUUUAUGCUUAAACUUUUACUGACAUCUCUGUCUACUAA